AUGCUUGCCGCCAUCAGGCCACGGCCCGCCGUUGCGGCCACCCAGCUGACCUCUAAAUCUCACGUCAGCGCCAAGCCCGGCUGCAGGCAGCCCCAUCAGCGCCUCGUGGCACGGCGUGCGGCUGUGCUAGCGGUGGCGGAGGUGUCCAGCACGGCGCGGAUAGUUGUCCAGGGCCGCAACCUGGAGACCACCCCCGCCAUCAAGCAGUACUGCGAGGACAAAGUGGGCAAGGCUGUCAAGAACUUUGACGGCAUCAAGGAGGUGGAUGUGAAGCUGUCGGUGCGGGGCAACCCGCGUGGCCGCGGCACCGAGGCGCACCACCAGCGCGAGCAGAUAGUCGAGGUCACGGUGUUCACGCUGCGGCACGGCGUGGUGCGCGUGGAGGAGCACGAGGAUGACUUGUAUGCGGCCGUCGACCUGGUGUCCGACAAGCUCAAGCGCAAGCUGGUCAAGGUCAAGGAGCGGGCGGUGCAGAAGGCCAACUGGCCGGGCCGCGGCGGCCCCAAGGGCGGCGACACCAUUGCGGCCCACCUUGGGGAGGAUGUGGUGGACAAGCUGCCCACUGACCAGAUAGCCCCGCCGCUGCCGGAGGUCGUCAGGGAGAAGGUGCUCGAGGUGACGGCCAUGAGCACCGACGAGGCGAUGGACCAGAUUGAGAAUGUGGGCCACGACUUCUACCUGUUCAAGGACAGCGCCGAUGGUGCCAUGAAGGUCCUGUACCGCCGCAAGUCGCACGGAUUUGGUGUUAUCAUCCCCAAGGCGUGA